UUGGUUUUAAAUAGGCACUUCGGCUUCUCUACCGCACAGACGACUCAGCGUUUAACAACUACACGAGAGAAACUGACGUUCAGGAUUAUUAAUAUGGAGGCAUUGAAAGCAAUGAGGAACAUAACAUAUUGAGAUUAGAGGAUUCUUACGUAGACGAUACUGAGAUUACAUCAGAUUUAAAUGAACAUGCCAGACAACAUUCUGGAGGAGAUUUUUAUAAAACGGUCCCAGCAAAAGAAGAAGACUUCGCCUUUAAACUUCAAAGAGAGGUUGUUUGUACUCACACAGGACAAGAUCUCCUAUUAUGACUAUGAUGUUGAUAAAGGGAAAAGGAAAGGACUUAAGGGUUAUGUGGACACUGAAAAGAUAAAAUGUGUGGCGAUUGUUUUACCGGAUGACAACACACCUCCUGAACGACUCUACCCAUUUCAGAUAGUCUAUGACGAAGGUCCGCUGUAUAUAUUUGCAAAGUCAGACCAAGUUCGAAAGCAGUGGAUACGGGAAUUAAAGAACGUGGUCCAGUCCAACAAGGACCUGAUGCAGAAGUUCCAUCCACGUUUCUGGGAAGAUGGCAUGUGGAAGUGUUGCAAGCAGGAGGAUAAAAAGGCUAUGGGUUGCCGAGUGAUGGAGAGCAAAAAUGGAGGCUUUCUGAAUAGAGAUAAUAAGAGUAUUUCCAGAAAGCCACUCCCACCUACACCUGAAGAGGAAAAGUUGUCCAGGCCAUUGCCCCCCCAGCCACCCGUAUCCUCAGGCUUCAGCGUGGGCAUGACCGUUAUAGCUGAAUAUGAAUACACACCAAUGGCGUCACACGAUUUGGAGUUGAGGAAGGAUGAGGAGUACACACUCUUAGAUAUCAAUGAUCCCAACUGGUUUAGAGCUAGAGAUAAAUACGGAAAUGAAGGAUAUAUUCCAAGUAACUAUAUUGCUCAGGCCUUGAAUGGAUUGGAGAAAUACGAUUGGUACUGCAAGAACAUUAACCGUAGUCAAGCGGAGAAUUUAUUAAAAACGGAAGUGAGUACGGAGCCAUGCCUGCUAUCAAAAAUAGGAUUUUCAAUUUUGAUGUAUACAAUACUCUGUUUAAUCCCUCUUCCGUACCGUCAUUCAAAACAGAAUAAAGAUGGUGGUUUCCUAGUGAGAGAUUCUGGCAAAUUUACUGGAAAAUACACUGUCUCUGUGUUUACCAAGGUUGGUGGCGAGACUGUUGGGAACUGCAGACACUACAACAUAUGCGUCACCGCACAAGAUCAGUUCUAUCUAGCAGAGAACCACAACUUCAGCACUAUCCCAGAGCUUAUCAUUUACCAUCAGCACAAUGCAGCGGGUCUGGUAAGCAGACUAAAACACAUUGUGUCCAACCGGACUGAGCAUGCUCCAUCUACGGCAGGUCUGGGUUAUGGAGGCUGGGAGAUUGAUCCUCGACAGCUUACGUUUAUCAGAGAACUCGGCAAUGGGCAGUUCGGUGUGGUGAAAUAUGGGAAGUGGCAAGGCCGCCAUGAUGUGGCCAUUAAAAUGGUAAAAGAGGGCUCAAUGUCUGAGGACGACUUCAUUGAGGAGGCUAAGGUCAUGAUGAAACUCUGUCAUGAAAACCUGGUGCAGCUCUAUGGCGUAUGCACAAAACAAAGACCCAUUUAUAUAGUCACUGAGUAUCUUGCCAAUGGAUGUCUGUUGAACUACUUACGGGAUGGACUGCAAAACCCCACUGGUAUUAUGCUUCUUGAGAUGUGUAAAGAUAUCAGUGAGGGUAUGACCUACUUGGAGGCCAAUCAGUACAUUCACAGAGACCUUGCUGCUAGAAACUGUUUAGUAGAUACAAACGGAACCAUUAAAGUGACAGAUUUCGGUUUGUCAAGGUACGUUUUGGAUGAUGAAUACUUGAGCUCUGCGGGCUCAAAGUUCCCUGUGCGCUGGUCUCCACCUGAAGUCCUCCUUUAUUGCAAGUUUAGCAGCAAGUCAGACAUCUGGGCAUUUGGUGUUUUGAUGUGGGAGGUUUACACUAUGGGUAGAAUGCCGUACGAGCGGUGGAACAACACAGAGAUAGUAGAGAAAAUAUCUACAGGUCAGCGUCUUUAUCGCCCGCAAAUGGCCAACGAGAGAGUUUAUUCCAUAAUGAUGAGCUGUUGGCAUGAGAGAGCAGAUGAACGGCCCACCUUUCAGGAACUCGUCGUGAUCAUCAAGGAUUUGCUUUUCAAUAUGUAAAAGUUGAUGACCAUAAACACAACCGCAGUGAACCCUUGUACAAUAAGGAUAUAUAUCUACAAACGUGUACGGUCAACAAGAAUUUAUAUAAAAACCGUUCACUUAAAAAAUUACUUUGAAAAGAAGAACCCAAUAAUGUGAAUACAUUUAAUGAAAAUAUAACUGUUAGUUCUUGAAUACGCUCAAUGAACUGUAAAUUCCCAUUUGACAAUGAAGUAUUUUCCUUGUAUGUUCAUUUAGAAAUUCCUUAUUUAUAAAAUUCCCUCAUUAAGUUUAAUAUGAAAUGGUACCGUUUAUUAUUAACAGCCUUAUAAAAGCUACAACAACAAUAAAUUCAGGAUUGCAUCCCUUUCAUGUAUAUAGUGCCUGCAUUUAUUUUUUGAGUUAAUUUGACUCCAUUUUCAUAUAAAAAAAACAUUAGUAAACCUUAGUUACAAAGAAGCAUCUAUAAGAAAAGUUUAGGUCUUGCUGUGUAAAUAUUGCUUUUAAACCACAUCCUGUUUUGUGGUUAGAUUCUCAUAUUUAAAUAAAAAAAUGUAUGUGUGACUGAAAUUAAUAAAAUAAGAACCGUUUGUAAGAUG